CUCGCGGCGCCGCUCGCGCUCGAGAGCGGUGACGCGCUCGACGCGUGCGACGUCGCGUACACGGUGUACGGCGAGCUGAACGCGAAUAAAGACAACGUCGUGCUCGUCGGACACUCGCUGACGUCGAACAGUAACGUCGGCGAGUGGUGGGGGGAGGUGCUGGGCGAGGGCGACGCGUACGCGCUGAACUCGAGGGAGGAUUGCGUGAUUUGCGUCAACUAUCUGGGCUCGCCGUACGGAAGCGCGAGCCCGGUGAGCGCGGAUCCGAGAAAGGAGGAUCGCGGGGCGUACGGGGUCGAUUUUCCGACGCCGGUCACGGUGAGGGAUAACGCGGUGAUGUGCAUGAUGCUGCUGAGGGAGCUCGGGGUGAACGGGGUGCGGUGCGCGAUGGGCGGGUCGAUGGGUUCGAUGCUGGCGCUGGAGUUCGCGGCGACGUAUCCGGAUUUCGUAAAGGAGAUAAUCAUCAUCGCCGGGUGCGGACGACACACGGAUUGGGCGAUCGGCAUAGGGGAGGCGCAACGGUACGCGAUCAUGAGCGAUGGGAAGUAUAAGGGUGGGGCGUACGAGCGCGAUCAAGGGCCGAACGCGGGGUUGGCGACGUCGCGAAUGAUGGCGAUGCUGAGCUAUCGCGCGCCGGCGAGCGUCGAUGGGAGAUUUUCGCGUGUGCGCGCGCACGAAAAGGAGACUAAGUUGCCGUAUUUUGCGGUGGAGUCGUAUCUGCAGUAUCAAGGGAAAAAGUUUAUUCGCAGAUUCGACGCGAACUGCUACAUUCAGUUGACGUACACACUGGACUCGCACGACGUCUCGCGUGGGCGAGGGGAUUAUUUCGAUGUGCUGGCAAAUAUUAAACAGCGCGCUCUCGUCGUGGGUAUUCUCAGCGACGUACUGUAUCCGUAUGCGCUUCAGCGCGAGCUCGCCGACGCGUUGCCGAAUUCGCAGCUGUACACCAUAGACUCCCCGCACGGCCACGACUCGUUCUUGAUCGAGAUCGAGCAACUCAACGCCGUCAUG